UAAACGAAAACUCUCGGAAAAAAACAUAGAACACGGAGGGAAAAAAACAAAAACCAACAAAGAGGAAAGUUUCAUAGAAUCGUGUUCACACAAACAUUCUUUUUUUUUUUUUCCUCGUUCGAAAUCGUACGGACAAUUAAACGGUGUCUGUAUUAAGAUUUAAGACUUUCGCAUUGCUAAUUGCUAAUUGCUAAUCUGGUUUCUCCUAACUCCUCGGCGGCAUUUCAAGUUUCUGCGAAUUCGAUAUUUCCGAAGAAUUUCACUUCCACGCGUCAUUAAGGAUCUAUGCAAGAAAAAGCGGGUGUUUUGAGAAGCAAUUUUCGAAGAGAAUUGGAAAGCCAAAAUUAAUCUGGUUUUGGAAGCCCCCCCCCUCGAGAUUUUAGUAAUUUUUGUUACUGUACGACUUAGUUUUUGUUUGGAAAAGCUAUGACUUGGGCCUCUCCAAAAUACUCUUCUAGGAUGGCUGCAUAUCCGCGCAGUGUUACUUGGAUUGUGGUUUCGGUGGGAGGAUUGGCAUUCUUUUUAAUUUUUGCUUCUUGGAUUUUAAUCUCGUACCCGAUUGGUUCCACGGUUCGUUUGUAUUUCUAUGGUGUUGAUAGUUCGCAGAAAGUGGAUUUGUCGAUCUAUCCUGGAAAUCAGACUACCACCAUUGUUCCACGUGACUAUAAGGAUGUAAAUAUAGUAGUUAAUAAUACACCAUCUGAGUCUGAUUUACAAGUGCCUGUGGACUCGAAUGGGGAUGCAUCGAUGGAUAAGAGUAAUUUGGCUCCCAAGUCUAAUUCACAGAUGCCCAUCAGUUCGAUGGAUAAGAGUAAUUUGGCUCCCAAGUCUAAUUCACAGGUGCCCAUUAGUUCAACUGGUCCACCGGUUUCUUUGGAGAACAAGGAGAUAAAAGAUCAUACAGCACCUCUUCCUGCAUUGUCUCCUGCUUUUACAAAAGAAGAGGAUGUCAAGCCUGGUGCCGAUCCCUCUAAAGUUACAAAGAGUGUUGAGAUUGAUGAUUCUUUGAGUUUACCAAAUAAGUCCAAUUCUGUAGAUAUGGGAACAAAUGAUACUGCAGCUUCCUCUGAUUCCAAAUCUGGGGCUGUGCAAAGUUCUUCUAGUCAGUCCGGCAAUGAUACCAAGAAUGCGCCAGUUGAUACAGGCUGUGAUCUCUACCAUGGAAGUUGGAUUUAUGAUAAAACAGGGCCAUUAUACACAAACAAUACAUGCCCUGUAUUGACACAGAUGCAGAAUUGCCAGGGGAAUGGGAGGCCUGACAAGGAGUAUGAGAAUUGGCGAUGGAAGCCCUCUCAGUGUGACGUCCCUCGAUUUGAUCCAAAGAAAUUUCUGGAGUUAAUGAGAGGGAAGACACUAGCUUUCAUUGGUGAUUCAGUUGCUCGAAACCAGAUGGAAUCAAUGCUGUGCAUUCUCUGGCAGGCAGAAGCUCCUAUAAACCGAGGGAACCGGAGAAUGCAACGGUAUUUUUUCAGGUCAACAUCUGUAACAAUUGCUCGGAUAUGGUCCUCAUGGCUUGUUAAGCAAACAUCUGAACCAUUUGAUUUUGCUCCAGCGGGAGUGACCAAACUACACCUUGAUGCCCCUGAUGAUAACUUCAUGGAAUUCAUUCCAAAGUUUGAUGUGAUUGUCCUGUCUUCUGGUCACUGGUUUGCCAAGCAGUCAGUCUACAUCUUGAACAAUGAGAUUGUGGGCGGGCAGUUGUGGUGGCCUCACAAGUCUCGGCCUAAAAAGGUUAAUAAUGUUGAUGCAUUUGGGAUAUCUGUUGAGACAAUUCUCACUUCUCUUGUUACACACCCAAAUUAUACGGGGCUUACCAUAGUUCGUUCCUAUUCUCCUGAUCAUUAUGAGGGUGGGGCCUGGAAUACAGGUGGGUCUUGCACUGGAAAGACAAAGCCACUUGCAGUUGGUGAGUUGGUAGAAAAUGGCUUUACAAAAAUAAUGUAUGAAAAACAGGUUUCAGGUUUCAAUCGUGCAAUUCAGAAGGCAACAAACAAAUCAAAGUUGAGGUUGAUGGAUAUCACUGAAGCCUUUGGGUACCGCCAUGAUGGACAUCCAGGACCCUAUCGAAACCCUGACCCAAAUAAGAUCACAAAACGCGGCCCAGAUGGGAAGCCCCCACCUCAGGAUUGCUUACACUGGUGCAUGCCAGGUCCAGUUGAUACCUGGAACGAAAUUGUGAAUGAAAUCAUUAGGAGAGAAUAUGAGGGCAAUAAGAGCUUUCCAUCAUGAAGGAUGUUCUGUUGCCAAGCAGCCUGCAUUGUUGUGUUUCUGUAACUGUAAGGACAAUUGGUUAUGUAAGAUAUAAUUUAUAUUCAGGGAGGUGGUAAAUUUUGUGCAUUUGUUCUUUCAUUAUUUAAAAUAUAUUGUAGAGAAGCUGUUUUAACGGAUGGGAGGAUUAGCCACUCGUGUAUGAGUUUUUCUUCUCUUCUCAAUUAUUAAGUCCACGUGUACUCUUGGAGAGACUAAUUGCUGUUUUGCUUCAUGAUAUAUUGUAUUGAUUUGUGACUUCAUCUAGUAGCACAAAGCUUUGCCCAAAAAUCAUCAGUACUGCCUGGCUAUUCCUGAGCAUUGGGUAGACAGAGUUACAGGAUGCAACUUAUGUUGGUGGGUUUGAGCAAGGUAAUAAGAUAAGCUGAUUGUGUCUUCUUUUUGGAAUAACAUUUAAAUGCAUUCCAACUCAGGUUUAUUGCUGCCUUUUGAUGCUCAAGUCAAUUUCUGAACUUAGUCCUUUGCACAUACGGCUCUCACAAUACUGCAUAAGACAAGGCAUGGGCAGGUUAGAUGAGGGAUUUCUUUGUUACAUGUAUUGCUGUCUACUACAACAUUUUCUAAUAUGUUUUGACAAGAUAUUCCCUGUGAGUAGGCGUGGUCUACAUACUAUAUUUGUAUUUGCAAGUAGUCAUGAAAUUUUCUCUUUCUGGUAUAUAUAAUCUUGUAAUUUUAUCUCGGAUGCUUAUAUUAGAUGAAAAGCACAAUUGAAGUACAAUUUAUUA